AAAAUCAUCGCACGCACUCGAGAUCGAGCCAAAUGUGACGAGCAGUCCAUUUAACCCUAACCCUAAAAACCCUAAAAACCCUAAACCGUCACCAACUCUCGGAUGUCGACACGCUCCCGCCGCUCGACGACCUCGCCCGCCGCUAAAGCGAACGUGCGCAUCGACACUGCAUUCAGCAAGACACGCCCCUCGGUGGCCGCUGGCCACGUGGGCGAGAGCAUCAAGGCGAACGCGAAAAGCCGACAAGUCAUCGAGGUGCUGGACGACGACUUAGACGCAACUUCGCGUGAGCAACAACUCGAGCUGCUGAAGGCGUUCGACUUGGAUAGCGAGUACGGUCCUGCCAUCGGCAUUACGCGACUUGAGCGAUGGGAGCGAGCACAAAAAUAUGGUCUUGAGCCGCCAGUGCAAAUCAAGCUCCUCGUCCAAGCACAUUCAGAUGACUUGGAUUACACAAAGUGCUUCUGGAAGACAGAUGGCCCGAACGUGUGCAUCUAGAGCUGUUUUUUUUUUUUUUUUUUUUUUGGUUUGUGAAUUUUAUCGCUGUUAUGUUUUGUUGUGUUGUCGUUAUUUUCGAUUCCUCUUGUCAAAGAACGUUUCUCCCCGGGUUGCAAACACAACUUGAGCAGCCCCUG